AUGAAACCGUCCGAAUUGGAAGCCUCUGAGUUACAAUCCGCGGAUUUGAUACCAAUGAAAGCAGGUUUGUGCCCCGAAACAAACGGAACAUUACUUACAUCUGCCCUAUCUCAUCUGCCCGAGACCAUCAUCAAUUCAAUUGCCUUACGAAACAAUCGAACAUUUUCAACCACAUCCCUCCCACUGACAGGAAUACCCAACUUGAAUUCAGAGUUGAUACAGUCCCCAUUCGCGACCAGUCUUUCCUCGGCCUCGUCUGCAUCGCCCCUGACAUCGGCUUUACUGUGUUCUGUUCUGGGUACAGAAUUACGACCAUCUGUUCCACAACUGGCUACUCGCUUACGUGCUAGUUCAUGUCAACCACUAGGUAGAUUCUUACUAAAUCCCACAGAUCCCAAUUGGCGUUGGCCUGAUCCAACUCCCAGUGUAGAAGAGACCCCACUUGACCUUUCGAAAAAAUCGCCCACGCAAACGGAACGCGAAUCUCCUUCAGAGAUUUCCAACCAAGUUCCUUUAGUUACCACGGUUUCGGUUCCUAUGCAAAUGGCUGUAUCCAUUUCUCCUGUUCAAGAAUCUGGGAAGUUGCAGACUGAAGACGAACAGCCUGCUUCAACAAAUACGGGGACGGUACGCCGCCGACGCACAACUGCUUCACGAAGAUUGCGAAAGAUAGCUCCAUCCAAGUGCCUUCCGCUGGAAGAAAAUAACGCAGAAACACAAAAGCCCUCAAGAUCAGAAAUGAUGUUACUUUCGUCAAGUCAACCCCCGAGCCACAUUCGGUACCCCACAAUGAGUGACACCGAGGACUACAAAACCACUAUAAUUUCUGGCACCACAGAUGUAACCACUCCUCAGUUACGCGGCCGUAGAUCACACAGUGCCAGUGAUACCCGCACGUCUGAGACAUGCGAUCCUACACAUGCACUGGAUGAUGCUCCUGUAUCUGACGUAUCCACAAACUCUGAGACAUGGUCACUGAGUCGACCGACCGCAUUAAUUCCAUCCCAUCGAACCUCUAACAGUGCACACCAUACUGGGACCAGGCCUACCGGACAAGAUCCAACUGUGUGUAACCCCCGGAUGCGACGCUAUCCGGAAAUGACUCCGAAUGAGGUAAAAGAUCAAGCGUACUGGGAGAAACGUGUCAAAAAUAACGAGGCUGCCAGACGUUCACGUCGGGCUCGCAAAAGUAAAGAGCAAAGUUUGCGUGAUUAUGCCGAGCGGUUGGAGAAGGCCAACACACAACUAUUACAAGAGAUCAAGCUGCUAAAACAAGAAGUUGCGCGGCUGAAGUCGGAGACUGGGCAGAAAAAUGGCGGUGAAAAGGGUAGUGAAUAA